AAAUUAAAUGUUUACAAACACUCACUCACACAGAUUAAGUCAAUUGUGUGUACGUACAGCGACGUUCACCCGAGUGUACCGCGAUAGAUGCUGCGUACUAAGAAGCAUCGCCGGCUCAAACGGGGUGUUGCAACCAAGUAUUAGAAGAGAUCCAUACGUAUAUAAGAGGAACGUUUGAAUACGUAUUCAUACCACACGUCAAGUGCUUUCUGCAAAAGAAGGUUGUUCAAAACAAAAGCAAAACAAAAAUGAAACUGUUCGUGAUCGUCGCCCUUGUCGCCGUAGCAUCGGCUGCUCCCCAAAACCCUCAGGACGUACAGAUCCUUCGCUAUGACAGCAACAAUGAUGGCUUGAACGCUUACGACUUUGCUUGGGAACUGUCGGAUGGCAGUAAGCACCAAGAACAGGGUCAACUGAAAAACCAAGGUACAGAAAAUGAAGCUAUAUCGGUUCAAGGACAGUACUCUUGGGUGGCACCUGACGGAAUCACGUAUACUGUUACGUACAUCGCCGACGAGAACGGUUUCCAGCCACAAAUCCAACAAGGAGCUGGAGGAGCAAUACCGCCAGCGGUCAUAGCUUCCCUCGUCGGCUAAAUUACAUAAAUAUAAUUAGAAAAUAUUGCCUCCUGUAAAUAGUACAAUAAUUAUGACAAUGUAAAUAAAUUUUAUGGAAUAGUA